AUGGAGUUUGACCAGAGCGGGUGGCGGAUGGGGUUCUCCGUGUCUGAUAGUCAAAUACACCUGACCCGACUGGAUCUUUUCCACAUGUUCUCGGAGGAGCAGUUGAGGGGGCCUAGAUUCGGCCCCCCGGACUUUUUCCGGGGUCAGCGACCGGAAGGGGAUCAAGUCAAGCAUGCCACGGACCCGGCAUCCAAGUGGUAA